UUUGCAGAAACAUUGCAUUUUAUUAUUUCUAUGAAAAUUAGUACUGAAGAAUACGAUUACUCUAUCUCUAAUUAUGACAACUACGAAGAGAUUGCUAACUACACCGGCGCUCAAGUACUUAACGUAAAAUUGCGUGGAGAAACUGAUCUAUUAUUCAUCAACAACCUUGUGGAUAGAGAAGAUCAGAAAAUGGAUUGGAACCGUUACCACAAAUACGAGGAUAUCAUUGCUUUCCUUAAUUAUUUGAGUAUAUCAUAUCCAAAUAUAACAGAAGUUAAAGUUCUUGGAAAAUCUCAUGAAGAACGUGAAAUAAGGUUAUUUCGUUUAUCUAAUGGAAAUUCUUCUAACAAAGCAGUCUUUAUAGAAAGUGGAAUACAUGCCCGAGAAUGGAUAAGUGUAGCUACAGUAACUUAUAUAAUUAAUGAAUUGACAACUCAUUUUGACGAUGAAUCUGAUGAUAUUAGGAACAUUGAUUGGUAUUUCGUUCCAAUAAUAAAUCCAGAUGGUUAUUAUCACACUCAUAAGUCUACAGGUGGUGAUCGCCUUUGGAGGAAAAAUAGGAGGCACACUACAGGAAGUUGCUUUGGUGUAGACCUUAAUAGAAAUUUUGGUUACGGAUGGAUUACAAAGAAAAAUCACGGAAUUGACAAUUGCAAAGAAGAUUAUGCAGGACCUCAUGCUUUUUCAGAAGCUGAAACUAUAGCUAUACAUGAUUUUAUAUUGAAUUCAGCCAUAAAUUUUACGGCAUACCUCUCAUACCAUAGCUACGGGCAAUUUAUUUUAUACCCUUACGGAUAUAAUCAAACUAAUAUCGAUAAUUAUAAGGAAUUGCAUGACAUUGCUGAGGGAAUGGCUGAGGUGUACAAGGCAGUAGGGUAUCGAUAUCAUGUAGGAAAUUCAGCAAAAAUGUUGUACCCUGCAUCUGGACUCUCAAACGAUUGGGCCGCAAGCAUCGGUAUUGAACAUCCAUUUGUAAUUGAAUUAAGUGAUACAGGUUUUAAUGGCUUUCUUUUACCAUCAAAAUAUAUUAUCAAAGUUGCCAAUAGCUCGCUCGCUGCAUUAAAGGAAUUAGCUGCAUACAUAAUCAAUAAAUAGCCUUAAAUUUU